ACUCCCACAUCACUUACCCAUCCAUCCAUCCAUCCAUCCAUCUCCUUCUUCUCAUUCCAGCACAAUCAAUACCACCUCCGAGAUCCACCUCGAAAUCCCUCUUCUUCUUCUCCUUCUUCUCUAGAGCUUCAGAUCGAGAUCGAGAUCACGUCCAUGAGGGAGGAGGAGGAACCCAGCUGGUUUGCUCGAUGGGAGGAGCAACUACCAUCGCCGGACGAGCUCAUGCCACUAUCCCAAACCCUCAUCACUCCUGACCUCGCCCUCGCCUUCGACAUCCCAACCACUCAUCAACACCCAAACCCUUCUCCCAACCCCCUUCCCCCUGUUCCUCACCAAUCCGACUUCGAAUCCCCUGAUCUCACCGGCGGUGGUGGUGGCGCCACUGCUAAUGGCGGCGAUGAGCCUGCGCGCACCUUGAAGCGACCUCGCCUUGUGUGGACUCCUCAACUGCACAAACGAUUCGUCGACGCUGUUGCUCAUUUGGGGAUCAAGAACGCUGUCCCGAAGACUAUAAUGCAGCUGAUGAGCGUCGAUGGGUUGACGCGCGAGAACGUCGCUAGUCAUCUCCAGAAGUAUCGUCUUUACCUCAAGCGCAUGCAGGGUCUCAGUUCGUCCGGUGGUGGGCCGGCUUCUGGCGUUUCUCACUCCGCUGAAGAUCAGCUCUUCGCUAGUGCUCCUGUUCCUCACCACUUCCUCACCCGUGGCCCUGCCACGGCUGCUGAUCCUUUCAUGUCUUAUGCUCCCGCGGUUGCCGCGCUGCAGCACCACCAGAUGGCCGCCGCGGCCGUUGCGGCCCAUCAGCAUCAGUACUACCAUCAGCAGCAACAGCAGCAGCAGCAGCAGAGGCAUUUGGGGCACUUCGGAUCGCCGCCGGCGAAUGGAUUCGCCGAUCAUGGGUUCCUCACAAGGGCCGUGGGGCAGCCCGGAUUGCAUCGGAUGGUGGGGCCCGGUGGGGUUGGCAUAGUGCAGCCGCCGGCGCCGGCGCCGGCGCCGCCAUCUACAGCUGGUUCCUAUGUGGAAGAUCUUGAAUCGGGGACGGGGGGUGGAAAUCGGAGAGUGUUGACUCUUUUCCCGACCAAUGAGGAUUGAAUCAGGUAAUCCUCUUGGUUCUUGUCUUUCUAAUUCUAUCUCAUCUGCCAAUGAAUCCAUGGGAAAACCGCGAUUUGAGAAGAGGACAAUGAGAUAGAUGUGGAAUUUCGUGUCUUUUUAGGGUUUCAAUCAGGUUUAGUCUAUCGUUGUUGUUGAUGUUGUUGUUAUUGUUGUCAUUGUUAGCUGUAGUACUGUUGUGUUUGGUGCAGUAGCAGUUGAGGUCGGCAACACUAUAAUAAUAUGGCUGUUUCAGCUCGAAACUUCAUGAGAUUAGGUUCAGGGGAUUCAUAUGAAUUACCAUCUUCAGCUGUUGUUUCUUGUAGACAUUGAGGAUAUAUUUUUACUUGUUCUUAAAAAAAUUAUGGAGUCAGUAACGAAUGCGGUACUGGUGAUUGAGGCAGGGGGAUGAUUAAGUCAUCUAAAUAGGUUGGUGAUGGUGAUCCAUUUUCGAUUUAUAGCUGACGGAGAUACGAUUAGAAUCAAAUUAAAAAUUGGAGAUUUAAGGAAUGGAGCAUGCAACUGAAUCUGGCUUUGUUGUGUUAUGGCUGAAGACUCUGAACUGCUUCUGCACCAUGGUGUUUAUUGAGAUAUUGUAGAGAGUCCUUGUGUUCCCAUCUUUUUCAUGUUCCAAGUGCUUUUGUUUCUUAAUGUACUUAUUGUUGUGCUGGUGGGUUCAAAUUAUUUGACUUUGUGAUGAUGGUUGUAAAGUCAGUAAACCUAGAAAGUUAUGUGUUUCUAGAUGUAUGCAAUGGGACCAGGAUAAUGGGGAACUAUUGAUGUUUCUGAAAAUUAAAUGUACAUUAAUGUUACCUUUCAUCAAUAUAUUUCAAAUUGGUUGACUUGAUUA